UCCUGCGAGUAUGCACGUGGCGGACGAGGAGUGCGUACUUACAAGUUCAUGCAAAACUGGCUGUUACACUGUUAAAAAUUGAGGAAUGGAUAGGAAAAGAGGCUCCACACGCACAACAAGUCGUAACAGCGAAGCAGUUGGUGAUGUUUCUCCGUCAAAACGCAGCAGACUUGCGCCACGAUCGCAGAAGUCCACAAAAGCUCCCAAUGCCAAGGGCAGAAGAGCAGCAUUGCCCAAGGCAACCCCCGUGGUAAAUCCUGGUGACAAAUCGGAGAGCUUAGGACAGCUGGUCCCCACCAAGCCAGAAGACCUUCUGGCCUCACUGCUGGCUCCAGCAGUAAGCGUGGCGACGUUCUUCGACAGACACUGGGAGAGGGAACCCCUGGUCGUCCACCGGGGAGGAGACGCUGGGCCGUCGGCGAGCUAUUACGGCUCUGUGUUCUCCAAGGAUGGGCUGAUGGGUUUAUUGGCCAAGCACGACAUUCAGUUUGGCCAGGAUAUUAACAUCUGCAGGUACGUUGAAUCCAACCGAGAAAACUUGAACGGCCGCGGUCGAGCAACUUUGGCAAAAGUCAAAAGUCUCUUUGACAAGAAGAAGGCAACGCUUCAGUUUCACCAGCCUCAAAGGUUCCAGGAUGGACUGUGGCAAAUCUGUGAGUUGUUGGAGAGUUACUUCCAUUCCCUCGUUGGGGCUAAUGUUUACAUAACACCCGGCGGUUCGCAGGGGUUGGCUCCGCACUACGACGAUGUAGAGGUGUUCAUCCUUCAGCUGGAAGGUCGGAAGCACUGGCACCUCUAUUCACCCCCCACGGAGCUCCCCAGAGACUACAGCAGAGACCUGAGCCAGGACGAUAUCGGGCAGCCGACCCACGACUUUGUCUUGGAGACUGGUGAUCUGCUGUACUUCCCGCGGGGAACCGUGCACCAAGCUGACACCCCGGCAGACUGUCCGUACUCCACCCACGUCACCAUCAGCACUUAUCAAAGAUCUUCCAAUGGUGAUCUGCUCGCUCUGGCCUUGCCAAACAUACUCAACUCUGCCGUUGAUGAGAAUGUUGAUUUCAGAAAAGGGCUGAAAGUGGAUCAGCUGAUGAACAGUACAGCAUCUGAGAAGUCUGUGUUUGAGUAUCUCUUGGGACAGCUGACCAAUCACAUCAGUGAUCACAUUAACAAAGCUAAAUAUCUGAUGCUCAAGGAUUUUGUAGCCAAUCGGCUGCCUCCAUACAUACAAGAUGGCUGCCAAACAAGCCCACUCGGUCCAAUGCCAAAAGGAAGUUGCAAAGUCAGACUGGCACAUCCUCGUCACACGUUUGUACACGAAGUGUCGAAGUGUGAGGAUGAUGAAGAUAUAAAUAACGAAGAUGAAGAUGAAGAAGAUGAAAACAGUGAGGACACAACGGCAGACGCAAACAAUGACAUCAAAGAUGGGGAGAGGUUGAUAAGUUUCAUUGUGGUUCAACACUCGUUGGCCAACUCACGAACCACUCACAUGAUGGACAGUUGCAGAACCAAGCCAGCCGCAUUGCGAUUUCCGACAAGCCACUUGAAAGCCCUCCACCAGUUGAUAUCCUGUAAAGAACAUGACUGGCUAGAAAGCGGGCAACUUUGUCUUUCGGAAGCAGAUGUUUGGGACUUUUUGGUGGCCCUGUGGUCCGAAGGACUGGUUGAAGUCUCCAAAGAGUAAACGGGGUUUGCAUAUGCGUUUUGGAAAGUUCUGACCCUGUGGAACCCUCUCUGAGAAAGUCUUAGGACCUUGCCUCUAUAUUUCUACAAGGACAGAGUCGUGCAGCUGUGUCCGUGUAGCAUGUAAAUGUGAAAUAUUAUGUUACUACGGACAACAAACAACGGCAAAUUUUUUUGCAGUUCUGUGACUACUCUUUGCAUUCAUAUUUCUUCAAAAAUGAAAAGCCAAUAAAGUGAAAUUAUCUUCCAUAGGCAACACGCCUCACCCUGACAGCCACCAGAAAGUCGAUGUUAUUUAUAGGUAUACAUAUACAUGUAUGACGUGUUUCAGUAUCGCUAUCUAUGGACGAUAUAUCGCGGUAAAGGUUACUUGGAUUUCCUUGGAAAUUAAUAAAGAAAAGAAUGUUAUUAUUUUAGUUUGAAUGUGGUGCAAAAAGAUGCAACGAACUUACUCAUGCAUGCUGUAAAGUGAUGUUCAUUCCAUUUGAUAUAAACGCCACCUGACUUCUCUGCUGCUGUUAUUAACCAGUUAACACUCAGCUGCACUCUUAAUCAGUAUUGAAAGCGUGCAAACAAAAUUCCUACCUACCUUUCAUAUUGUUAUAUCGCCUGUAAUACUAAAAGGAAAGAGUUUUAUUUUGGACCUGAUAAAUUACGCAUGUAAUUAAAGGCAGGCAGAUAUCUUGUUCAGUCUGCGAUAUCA